ACAAAAGAAUGGCGGCUGGGUUGGGUUUAGCUGAAUUAUGAACAAUAAAAGAUACAAGACGGUUUCCAAUGCCACAGCCGAAUUUAUCAUCAUCUACACCAGUUCAAUGGGCUUUACGCAUUUGGUUUCUCUUGUUUUUCUAAUCUUCACAAGCGUCAGUCCCACCGGAGCACAAACUUAUUGUGACAACGCAGGAUUGAUCUCAAGUAACAGCACCUACGCCGCAAAUCGCAACCUUAUCCUAUCCUCUCUAGCUUCCAAUGCAUCGGCGGAGCCUGGUUUCUACACUACUCAAACAAUAGGCCAAGAACCCAACAAAGUAUAUGCUCAGGCACUUUGCUUAGCAGACUCCACGACAGACUCAUGCAACAGAUGUGUUGAAACCUCCAGGGAGACAAUUAUGGCACAGUGUGCUAACGAAACCGGAGGAAUUUCUUGGGGACCUGAUUAUCCUCCAUGUAUCGUUCGCUACUCAAACAGAUCCAUCUUUGGAAAACCAGAGUUAUCACCCUUUCGUUCUGGGUACAAUACAGAUCAAAUCGCAUCGAAUCAAGAAGAGUUUGACCAGGUAUGGAAUGGUUUGAUGGAGAAUAUCACCACAAAAGCUUCUAUGGGCUCUGACACGCUGAAGUAUGCGACAGGGGAGAUAAAUGUUUCAAACAAUGAAAGGAUAUAUGCAUUGAUGCAGUGUACACCAGAUCUAUCACAAAGCGAUUGCGCGUAUUGUCUUAGAGAAUCUGUUAGUUAUUUCAAUAGUUGCUGCCAUGGGAAACAAGGAGGUUAUGUUCUUUAUCCGAGCUGUAUGUAUAGAUGGGAUAUGUAUCCCUUCUAUGGACUUAUUGUGGAUGGUUCUUCACCGCCCGCUCUGCCACAAACCAAUUCAACUACCGGAGGCCGCCCGCGCAAUAUUUCUCGAAUCAUUGUUUCUGUCACUGUUGUUCCAGCAGUAAUCUUCAUCGCAAUUUUUGGUGUCGUAUGCACAAUUGUCCGCAUCAGAAGAUUGAAACAAAAGGCUGAAAAACUAAAAGCUUGCGAAAAUGGUGAAUUUUUUGAUAGGGAAUCCUUCCCAUUUGACUUUGAAACCAUCAAAUUCGCAACCAAUAAUUUCUCCAAUGACAACAUGCUCGGACAAGGUGGAUUUGGUGCUGUUUACAAGGGUAGGCUUCACAAUGGACAAGAUGUGGCAGUGAAGAGACUUUCAUCAUAUUCAGGACAAGGAGAUUUAGAAUUUAAGAAUGAGGUUAUGUUGACAGCUCGGCUUCAACACAAAAAUCUUGUUAGGGUUCUUGGUUUUUGCUUACAUGGAAACGAAAGAAUUGUCAUCUACGAGUUGAUGCCCAACUCGAGCCUCGAUCACUUCUUGUUUGAUUCAAUAAGGCGUUUAGUAUUGAGUUGGGAAAUACGUUACAACAUCAUAGUUGGCACAGCAAGAGGAAUUCUUUACCUUCAUGAAGAUUCGCGACUUCGAGUUAUUCACCGAGACCUGAAAGCCAGCAAUAUCUUGCUAGACGAAUGGAUGAACCCAAAAAUAUCAGAUUUUGGAGUGGCUAGAUUGUUUGAAAUGGAUCAAACUCGAGACAGAACAACCAGGAUUGUUGGUACCUUUGGCUAUAUGGCUCCAGAGUACGCGAGAAAUGGACAUGUUUCAGUCAAGUCAGAUGUCUUUAGCUUUGGCGUUCUAGUUUUGGAAAUCAUCUGUGGCCAAAAGAACACUUGUUUCAGUAUUGGAAAUGAAGCAGAGCACUUACUAACCUAUGCUUGGAACUGUUGGAGCGACGGCACGGCUUUGAAUAUAAUGGAUCCCCUUAUUAGUAAGGGUUCAAGAAGUGAAAUCAUGAGGUGCAUCCAUAUUGCAUUACUGUGUGUUCAAGAAACUGUAGCUGACAGACCAACUAUGGCAGUAAUUUGUGUUAUGCUUGGUGACUGCACAGUCUCACUCCCUAUGCCCUCGAGACCUGCCUAUUAUAUGGAUACUACCGUGGAGCCAGAUUUAAGACCAUCACAGAGGAAUAAUCAUAGCAGCUCUCGAUCAGGACAAUCCACAGACGGAUCCCCCCUGUCCAUGGUAAUUGAGGCUUCAUUUUCAACAAUAGAACCUCGAUAACUGUUUUACGAUGGAGGGAGACUCAUUACAAGUUGACAGUAGUCGACACUGUUUUGGCUACUCUGCAAGACAAUUCAAUGUAUAACAAUAUAUGCAUGAAUCCUCAAAUAACUCUCCAUUUAAUGAGAUCUCAUUUCUGUAUAAAUAUCACCAAAAGGUUAUUAAAAAUCAGGCUAGU